UCCUCUCUUCCUUUUCCAUUAGAUCCUCAAUUAGUUAGGACUUUGUGAGCAGAAGAAAGCAGGUCCAGGUGGCAGAAUGCAGGUCCUGGCUGUAGUUGCGGUGCUCCUGACAGCAUGCUACGUCCAUGCCACGGUCUACUUUCAAGAGCAGUUUCUCGACGGAGAUGACUGGAUGACUCGCUGGACGGACUCCAAACACAAGUCUGAUUAUGGACAGUGGAAACUAACAGCUGGAAACUUCUAUGGAGAUGCUGAGAAGGACAAAGGUCUACAGACAAGCCAGGAUGCCCGCUUCUAUGCCGUCUCUGCCCGUUUUGACCCCUUCAGCAAUGAGGGCAAGCCCCUGGUCAUCCAAUUCACAGUCAAGCAUGAGCAGAAGAUUGACUGUGGAGGUGGCUACGUCAAAGUCUUCCCCGCAGACCUGGAUCAGGCUCACAUGCAUGGAGACUCCCAGUACUACAUCAUGUUUGGCCCUGAUAUCUGUGGUUACAGCACCAAGAAGGUCCACGUCAUCUUCAAUUACAAGGGCAAGAAUCAUCUCAUCAAGAAGGAGAUUAAGUGCAAGGACGACGAGCUGAGCCACCUCUACACACUGAUCCUGAACCCAGACCAAACCUAUGAGGUGAAGAUUGACAACGAGAAAGUUGAAUCAGGCAGUCUGGAAGACGACUGGGACUUCCUGCCACCUAAGAAAAUUAAGGACCCUGAAGCCAAGAAGCCAGAGGACUGGGAUGACCGCGCCAAGAUUGAUGAUGCUGAUGACACCAAGCCUGAGGACUGGGACAAACCCGAGAACAUCCCAGACCCUGACGCAAAGAAGCCUGAUGACUGGGAUGAGGAUAUGGAUGGAGAGUGGGAGCCACCCAUGAUCCCCAACCCUGAGUACAAGGGAGAAUGGAAACCCAAGCAGAUCGACAACCCCAACUUUAAAGGCCCCUGGGUGCACCCUGAGAUUGACAAUCCCGAGUACAGCCCUGACACAACCAUUUACAAGUUUGACAACAUCGGCGUUAUCGGCCUGGAUCUGUGGCAGGUGAAGUCUGGCACCAUCUUCGACAACUUCCUCAUAACAGACGAUGUGAAGGAAGCAGAGGACUUUGCAAAGGAGACAUGGGGAGUCACAAAGGAACCAGAGAAGAAAAUGAAACAGGAGCAAGAUGACCAGAAACGAAAAGAGGAGGAAGAGAAAAACAAGGAGCAAGACACUGAAGCUGAGGAGGGGGAGGAUGAGGAGGAUGGGGAUGAAGAGGAUGAUGAAGACGAACAUGUGGAGGAGGACAUUUCAGAGGAAGACAUGAAGCCCAAAGAUGAGCUUUAAGGAGGCCUGUUCAGAGAGCUUCUCUGUACCUGCUAGAGACACUCUGUCCUGUGUUUUCCAGGGGUUUCGUGGCUGCUAUGCAUCCAUGCCCUGAGAGCUGGACAUGAUCCAACUUGGGUGACAAACUUAGUGAAGGGUUGGGGCAAGUGGGUGUCAAUGGACUUGCAGGUCCUCUUUCAGUUUGGACAUUUUACCCCAUUGCCUCUGAAUUGUUGUUGAUUCUAAUGUUUACAAACUCACCCAAAUCAAUUUCCCAUAUCUAUCAACAUAUUCUGAUGUGACAAUAAAUAUGGACCCAUUGGCAUUAUCUGUUAUUUCAAAGUCAUAUCUAGGCUCCUGGCAGUCUUCUCCUAUUUGACCUCUUAAAUCAUACCUCAGCUGUACUUGAUAUUGAGUUGAUUGACAGUUAACCACUGAAUGUAGAAAGUUGAGGCUAGUUACGUUUUUUUUUUUUUUUUUUUCUCAUGAUAAAUCUAUAUUUUUCCAAGGACGGGGAUAGGCCAUUCAGAUUAGAAGACUGUUGUAAUGUAACUUAACAUAGUUACAUCUCUGGCACUGAUUUUUAUUUUUCCUUCUUCGUUAUUCCAUGCCUUAAAUGCCUAAUGAAAUGUCUUUUGGAUGCUGCAGUGUGUUUUGGCAUAAAUGAAUUCCCCCUUGAGUGCAUACUGAAAUUGUUUUUCUACUUUGACUUUUCUAAUGUGGGACUCAACAACUUUUGCUUCCUUCAUGCUGAUGUGGUGGUUUGUGCUUGACCUGCAGUACAUCCCAAAGUCUGGAUGAGCACACAGUAGAGACCCUUGUGUGACACGUCACUUAGGAUCACACACCUAUUUUUAUUGGACAGAAUGUUAUUGAUACCAAAGUUUUUAUUAAAACUUUAUAAAUGAUUUG